CCGGGAUCGUGGCGGGGGCGGCGUUGGGCCCGGGCUCUGGUCCCUCGGGGAGGACGGCGGCCCCGGCGGAGCACAGGGACCAUCUCCUAAUCGGUGCAGAUAGGCGAUUGCUCUGCAAAUCAGUCUUGGAGGGCUGAGCCUGGGGCACCCCAAGGUCCGGGAGCCCUGGUUUUCCAGAUCCUGAGACCGGCUCCCUAUUUGCCAUGCCCUCGCCGCCUCAGAUUCGGAGCUAGAAAUUCAGUUCGGCUACUUCGCUUGCGACUCCAGAAGUGGCGUGACUCAAGUCGCAAAGAUAUAAGGGGAAGGAAGAGGCGAGCCUUGAACUCGAGCCCACCGACUCCUGAGCCCGUCUUCUUUCCGUUAUCCCUGGAUGCCUUACUUGCAGGGGAUGCGAAGGCUGUGUUAUGGGUCCUAGGUGAAAAUGGUCCAGAAAUAUCAGUCUCCAGUUCGAGUCUACAAAUAUCCCUUUGAGCUGGUCAUGGCGGCCUAUGAAAAACGUUUUCCAACAUGCCCCCAGAUACCCGUCUUCUUGGGCAGUGAGAUCAUUCAUGAAUCUAAGAGCCAGGAUGGAUCCAUUCACAUUGUGGAGCGCAGCUGCAAAUUGACUGUGGAUGCCCCACGGUUAUUGAAGAAGAUUGCUGGGGUCGAGUACGUUGUCUUUGUGCAGAAAAAUGUUUUAAAUCGGAAGGAUCGAACUCUUCUUAUUGAGGCUCACAAUGAGACAUUUGCCAAUCGAGUCAUUGUUCAUGAGAACUGCAGCUAUACUGUUCACCCAGAGAAUGAUGAGUGGACCUGCUUUGAACAGUCAGCCUCUCUUGACAUCAAAUCAUUCUUUGGCUUUGAAAAUGCUGUGGAGAAAAUUGCAAUGAAGCAGUACACGGCCAAUAUUAAGAAGGGGAAGGAAGUGAUUGAGUAUUAUUUGAAUGAGCUCAUCUCUCAGGGCAUUUCUCACAUCCCUCGAUGGACACCUUCCCCUGUCAGAGAAGAAGAUCAGAGGAGCCUGGCAGCUGACAAGCUGGACACAGACUACAUUGAGCGGUAUUUGGGGCAGCUCACCCCCAUGCAGGAGAGCUGCUUGAUCAGACUCCGCCAGUGGUUACAGGAAACACAUAAAGGAAAGAUUCCCAAAGAUGAGCACAUUCUUCGAUUCCUAAGGGCUCGAGACUUUCACUUUGAAAAGGCCCGGGAGAUGCUGUGCCAGUCGUUGAACUGGCGAAAGCAGCACCAAGUGGACUAUAUCCUCCAGACAUGGAGGCCCCCACCUCUUCUGGAGGAAUUCUAUGCAGGUGGCUGGCAUUACCAGGAUAGAGAUGGCCGCCCUCUCUACAUUCUGCGUCUUGGUCAGAUGGAUACAAAGGGCUUGAUGAAGGCAGUGGGAGAGGAGGCACUCCUUCGGCAUAUUCUUUCAGUUAAUGAAGAGGGACAGAAGAGAUGUGAAGAGCACACAAAUCAGCUUGGCCGCCCCAUUAGUUCCUGGACGUGCCUUGUGGAUCUGGAAGGGCUGAAUAUGCGGCAUCUCUGGCGACCUGGGGUGAAGGCCCUGUUGCGGAUGAUUGAAGUGGUUGAGGAUAAUUAUCCGGAGACAUUGGGGCGGCUGCUCAUAGUGCGGGCUCCUCGUGUUUUCCCUGUAUUGUGGACAUUGGUGAGCCCCUUUAUCAAUGAGAAUACCAGGCAGAAAUUCCUCAUCUACAGUGGCAGCAACUACCAGGGUCCUGGAGGACUUGUAGAUUAUUUGAAUAAAGAUGUAAUUCCUGACUUUCUAGGAGGAGAAUGUUUGUGCAAUGUCCCUGAAGGGGGCAUUAUCCCAAAGGCCCUCUAUCACAUUGAAGAGGAUCAAGAGAAUGCAGAUAGGGUCCAACUGUGGACUGAAACUGUAUACCAGUCUGCAAGCGUGUUCCAAGGGGCCCCCCAUGAGAUAGCAGUGGAGAUUCUGGAGGGUGAGUCAGUGAUCACCUGGGACUUUGACAUCCUGAGGGGUGAUGUGGUAUUUAACCUCUUUCACUCCAAGCAAGCACCUGAACCAAAACCCAGGGAGGCCAGGGCCGGGAGCAGCGUGCAGCUCAUUGACCAAAGCUGGGUCCUGGGAGUGGAUUACAGCCGUGUGGAGUCUUCCCUGCUCUGUCGGGAAGGCGAGAGCAUCCAGGGCUCUCACGUCACUCGUUGGCCAGGUUUCUACCUGCUUCAGUGGAAGAUGGCCACUCCUUUAGCCUGUGCAGCCAGCAGCCUCCCUCGGGUGGAAGAUGGCCUGACAUCUGUGCAAAGUCCUGGUCACAAAUGUAAACUCCUAUACUACUAUGAAGUCCUUGCAUCUGUAGACUUCAGGGGAUCCAUGUCCAGUCUGGAGUCCUGUACCAGUGGUUUCUCACAGCUCAGUGCCACCACAACUUCUUCCAACCAGUCCCAGAGUGGCUCCCUCAUCUCCAGAUAGCCGGGUCUGAGUCACGUUGGGGAUCGUGCUGUACUCCGGCGCCUGGAAGUGUCCAGAGCCAGAAAUCCUGCCUAAGCUGAGGGCCAAGACUAUAAGGACUGAUGGCCUCGGUUCAGAGGCUGCCAGAGUUGGGGGCUCUCUGCAGUCUACCAUGAUAAUCAGCUCAUGUUUUGGUUUUAUAGUAGAUGCAUCUGAAUUUAGAGCAGAUGCCUCAUUAACAAGACUUAAUAAUUCUAACUUAGCCAUUUUGAAUUAGCCCAUUCUAGUCUCCACUACUUCCCAUCCCCCCAAAUCUGGACCUGUGAUUUCAUCAAUGUAGGGAGUUCCUAGUAUGGAAGCUUCUUCCACUGAUGCUCAUCACUGGAGACACUGAGAAGUUGGGUAACUUGCUCAUGAUUGCACACCUGGUAUGUGUCAGAGGCAGGACUUCAACACACAUCUUUCUGACUACAAAGCUGGCAUUUUCUCUCCAUUACCCCCUGCUGCUUCUUACCCCUAUAUGUAUAUUAUCUUAUCCUGAAGUUAAUGGCCAUUUCCCCAGGCCCAGCUUUCCAAUGGCAAGUUUGGGAUUUAAUCAAGGCUAGGCCUGAUGGGGAUGCUAUUUGGGAAGCCAGGACGAUUUUGUUACACACCUACAAGUUCUUUUCUUCUCUAGUAAAACAUAGUGGUCCUGGUCUUCAAAACUAAAAUAUGGCACCAGCUCUGUCCUAGAACAGAUCUGAUGCCAGAGCUGGCUCUAGGGCUGAUCUGGUCUUCUGAGGAUCCCUAAGAUAAUUUCUGAACCAGAGAAAAAUCAUUUCCUUCCUCUAUGAAGAAGGUUCUCACCAAAUUCACUCCCUUAUCAAUCCAUACUCUCUCUGCCUUGGGUGAUGAAGUAGGUAGGGAUGAGGAUAAGGUUGGAGAGAAUAUAAUAUUUAUUUAUACAUUAGGAUUUAUUCACAGAAGAUAAGUAUUUCCUCUAUAGCCAUAGCCUUAACUGAGCCUUUUCCAAGUGGUGGGAUAUGUAACCAUCAGAACUGUACAGACUGCAAAUAUAUUCACCUCAAUGUAGGAACUGCAUUUCGGGGCAUGGAGCAAGAAGAUUUCCAGACUAAUUCAAAACCUGGAGAAGAGGGGGAACUGGCUAUCCUUCCUAGAACAUCCUUUCUCCCACGUGUCCUGCAGAGAGUUGGGCUGCCCAGUGACUCCUGGGCCUCUGAUGAUGAGUACCUGUUGGCUCUUCUCUUUCCUUCUCAGGUAUAUGAGCAAUAAGUCGUGUCAAAGGGCUAAAGAAAAGCAGAUACCUUUUCCUGAAAUACUUAAGGUACAUUUUUGUACUUCAGAGCCUACCUCUCUUGGAGAGCUGCUCUGUGUGUGUGUGUGUGUGUGUGUGUGUGUGUGUGUGUGUGUAUACACUUGUAAGUGUGUGGGAUUGAAGGGAAAGGGUUCUUAAAAUUUUUAAUCCCAAAAUUUAUUUAUUAUUGAGGAUGGGCUGCAUGUUGUAAACAAUAUUUGAACAUAUUUAUUUCUAUUUUGACUAAAAACUAUUAAGUUAUGAACAUACCUGUCUUUUGGAAUAAGCCAGCUUUUUAAAAAAUUCACAUAAUUCUGAAUAUCUAAUGUAACACUCAGGAGGAUUAGAUCUCUGCUUCCAGGUCCCUUCGAGGAGCAAAAGGACAACUUAAUAUUUGCUCUUCCUAUAAGACACGCAACCUUGCUUCUUCAUGGCUUGUGAGAUCAGAGAUGGUCUAAUCCAUCUCUGCAAGCCCUACAUGAUAGAAUAUAAGAGGAGACCAUUUUAUUCUCUUGCAAUACUGGAGAUAGUCUUAAUGUGUGAAAGUUGAACGAUCCAAUUAGACAAAGAUUCUGUGAGUGUGAAUGGAUGAGGCAAAUCCUUCUUUAAAUGGGAUUGUAAAUACAAGGUAGGGGAAAAGGAUAAGGAGGGAAGGAAAAUAUGUUUUUGGGAUUAAGGCUCAAAGACUCUCUUCAGUACACUUCAUUGUGUGGUUUUGGCUCUGUAUUCCAGAGAAGUUAUAUUUGGCAUAGAGAAUUCAGGCUACCUCUACUUUGUUCCACUUCUUGAUGAUAGCCAGUGGGAGUUAUAAGAAUGGGAGGGCUUGGACACCAGGGGCUCUCCAAGUCAAUACUCACAAUCUGAUCGCAAUUGAUGGGCACAUGCUUUUACUUUUGGGAAACUACGAUAUCAAAGCUCAGGGGCUGCUUCAAUAAAAGAAUCCCAGGCUUUUGCUUUCCAACAUUACCCUUGCUCUGGGACUCUGAGGGGGCUGGGAACCAUCCUUGGGUUGAACCUUUUUUUUUUUUUUGGCCCAGUGGAAUCAGGGCUAAAGACACUAAAGGAGCUGUUCACAAGAGCACUUUGUAUUUUUAACAUUUGCACUUCUAAUGCUUUUCAUCCAAAGAUUAGGUGGCAUUCCUCCAGUGUACUCAUCACUUUGUUCCUGGGGCAGAGGUAUGCUGAGAUACAGAACAUCAGAGCACUGGGUCCUGAAAAAACUAGGAACCCUGCCAGGAACUAGGAUAAUGUUUUCCUUGGGAUUUUUAAUGAUGAGAAAUACUAUAAUAUUUUGGCCAGGCAUCUCAUAAUCCUCCUUUACCCCUUAGAUAUCUUUAAUCCCUUCUCCCUUUUCCUAUCCAGCAGGGAAACCAACUGAGAUUUUUUUCUUCCUCCAAUUAAGAGAAUAUUUCCUCCUGUAAACUACUCACAGAUUGGAAAUUGGUCAAAUAAUGUGAGACAAGAGUUACCUUUACUAGUGUUUUGUCUGGAUCUCCCCUCAUCCCUCUUCAUUGAGGUUUUGUUCCUUUCUAGAGCCAGGUAUCAUUGCUUCUGGAGUCUUACCAGCCUAGAGCUAUAACUGUGAAGGGAUUAAUUCCUAUGUGUCUAAAUCUUAACCAAGUGGGAGAUCCAAAGUUUCUGAGUAGAAUCUGCUUAUAGAGAGACCUCAAAAGAGAUAGAGCGGGAAAUUCUGGUUUGUAGUCAGGUAUCUGACUACAUUUUUCUGAAAAAAGUUUUCUUGUCUCAAGAGUAAUAUAAUUAUAGUUAGGGAUCAGAGAGUUAUUUUUUGGCUGUUUGCAAAAGGAUUCGUUUCUACUUGGCUGUGAUGGCACAAGUAGAUCCCAGAUAUUAAGUAUCCUAUCCAUCAUUUUGCUUUAUAGGAAUCAGGGUUUCAUUUCCCAUUUACUAUGGAACUAGGGUAGAAAAGUUCUGUUACCAGUCUAGACAGCAGCAACCAUGGUCUGCUAGUUUUAAUUACUUUGCUAAAAUACAAUAUGUGCUUAACUUGAUUGAAACUAUUUUCUCAAUUUCUUUUUAUCUUUGGGUGGGUAUAACUAGCUUGGUAUAAUGGAAAGAACAGUGUGACCUCAGGGACAUCACUAAUUCUCUUGAAGCCUCAGGUUACUCUUCUGAAAAUGAGGGGGUUAGAUUUAGAUAAUCUCAAGAUUUUUUUUUUCUUGGCUUACUAUCCAAUGAAAUAAAAAAAAUUCAUGAUUAAAAUAUUUUUUUUCUUGAAAAGUGGACCUGCCUCAGGAAAGUUAUAGGAUAGUUUUUUAGGGGUAGUAAGGGUGAAGAACAAAGCAGGACAUUUGAUGCUGCCUGUCUCUAAUUUGUUAUUCUUAGAUAUGUUGAUCUCUACUGUAAGAAACCUACCUACUUCCUGGAUAAAUAAGUCUCAGUGACAAAGCUGGCUCCUUUGUGUUUUCUUGAAACUGAGAAAGAACUAGGGCUAGCUCUUCCUUCUAUGGUUGGUUUGAACACAAGUCUUUUGGGGCCUUCUUUCUUUAUCAGCUUCUAUAGAUCCUGAGGGAGGCAGUGUCUCAAUGUUGUCACCCUGCUUUUGUGGAAGUUUUAAAAAUUGGAGGGUAAAAGAUAGAUGUCACAAUGUACAGUCAGAGGAUGACUUUUAAGGAAACUCAUUCAACAAACAUGUAAUAAGUGCCUACCAUGUGCCAGGUACCAUCCUAGGCAUUAAGAAUACAAAGACAAAGACAACAGUUCUUGCUCUCAAAAAGCUUACAUUCAAAUGGGAGAGGGAAGAGAUAAGACAAUAUUAUUCAAAAAAGUAAAUACAAAAUAAAGAUGAGUAAUUUUUUUUUGGCAGGGACAGACAUGAGUAAUUGAGAGGAUCAGCAAUGGUCUUAUGUAGGAGGUAGCACUUUAAACUUAGCCUUGAAGGAAGUGAGGGAUUCUGCAAAGCAGAGAGGAGGAAGAGGGACGGCAUUACAGGUAUGAGAAAAACAAGCUUUGUGAAACCAAGGAAACAAAAGGGUUCCUUUCCAAAAUAACACAAUUUUAUAAAUAAUGUGCAUGAGAUAACUUGUAAAUGCUUUUAUGACUAGUAAUAUCUAUACUGCAAACAGAAGUGUCAAGUUACUUUAUGCUCUAGUUACAAAUUUGGGCAUGAUAAAACUCCACAGAUGUGUUUUGGGGCUUGCUUUAGCAGCAUAGCAGUUAGCAGUAUAGAGGGCAACCCACACAUCUUCAGAACUGAGAUUUCACAGGAACAAAAGCAUCACUGGCUAGUUCUCUCCCAUAAGUUCUCUGCUUAAAUAAGGAUAGUUGAUGAUUAUUUUUUUCCUGAAAUAUAUUGGAGUUCUCUAGGAACAUUUUAUUCCCAUUUUCUCUACCUUUAUCCCAUUACUUUGAAUCUAAGAUCUACAAAUGAAUGAGUCUAAAAUGUACCAGUAUACUGGGAUAUUCUACUGGUUUCAGAGAGUAAUUAAUGUCAUUGGUUUUAAAAAUAAAUCAGGUAGGUCUCUGGUGGGUAGGUGACUGUCAGACUGGGUGCCAGACAUAAGUUCUCAGGCUUGAGGGUAUAUUCUUGAUCUAUCAGAGUAUGUAGGUAUAAUAUGGCCAGGACUGAAUUCUCAGUGCUGGGAGAGUAUCAUUCAGUCUACCAGAACGUUAUAGCUGCAAGCAUGGUGAUCACCAAAGAUGGCUGUUGAUUAAGAAUGGAAAUGUAAAGCUCCCACCCACUUUUGCUUGGGAUGUUCCUCUGGCUGCUCUGCAUGUGGUUUCUUCUAAGCCCUUGGAAUGUUGACCCUAAUAUUGUACCUGUAUCCAAGUUUAUAGAAUAAAAGGAAUAUUUUCUGAGUAUAAAGACCUGGCAUCAUUAUUGCAUGUCUAACCAAUUUCCCUUUCUCCACUAAUCAUGGCAAAAUGUUUUGGGGUAGCCCCAUGGAUCAAAUAGAUUGAUUAAUAUAAAACAAAAUGUGUUAAAUAAAAAUGUUCAUUAUGACUUGAGCACCUGAUAUUUGGAAAUACUACAUCAACAAGAUUAAUGUUUACAUUUCCAUAAGAACCGAUUAAAAUUUUAAAUACUG